AUGAUGGCCGAGCUGAGCACAGUGUCUCUUCCCCCAACAUUGUUUUACCUAGAUUAUGAAGUGGAAUAUAAUAAGACUGGAUGCCUACUGUUUGAUGCACCACCAGGAGCCAUCGAUGGCAUCGCUUUGCUCAUCUGCCUGUUCGGGCUGGUGGGGAACGGGAUCGUGCUCUGGUUCCUCGGCUUCCACAUUAAGAGGAACCCCUUCACCGUCUACAUCCUCAACCUGGCCGUCUCCGACACUUUCUUCCUGCUCUGCUCGACUGCUUAUCUCAUAGUUUGUGUGGUGAAAUAUCCAUUUUGUGUGAAUGAUGUUUUUAUUUACGUAUUCUUGCUAUUUAACAUGCCUGCUCUGUUGAUGUACAGCACCAGCCUGUACCUCCUGACGGCCAUCAGCACUGAGAGGUGUCUCUCUGUCCUCUACCCCAUCUGGCACCGAUGCCACCGGCCAAAACACUUGUCUGCCAUUGUCUGCACCCUGCUCUGGGCUCUCUCCAUGCUGUUCUCCUGUCCAGUGGGUGUUUUUUGUAUUGUUCUUUCAGGUGAACACUGUGUCAUAUCCUUCCUACCCAUGUGUUUUCUGAAUGUCCUGAUAUUCACUCCCAUCAUGGUUCUGUCCAGUCUGACCCUGUUCAUCAAGGUUCAACAUAGCUCACAGCGACGUCAGCCAGGAAAGUUCUAUGCUGUUAUCCUGCUCACCAUCCUCUUCUUCCUCCUCUUCACUGUCCCUCAGAGUGUCCAGAUCUUCCUCUUUUAUCAUAACAUAUUCGAUUCCAGUGAGAUAUUUCACAUGCUGGCCUCUGCAAGCAGCAGCAUCAACCCAUUUAUUUACUUUCUAGUCGGGAGCUAUGGGAAGCGGCGAUUCUGUGGCUCCAUCAAGGUCGCUCUCCAGAUGGUUUUUGAAGAGAAGACAGAUUCCAGAGAAGAUGGAAAGACCACCAGUGCAGAGCCAAUGGAGACGGUCACUUAA